AUGUUCUGUUCUGUCACAUCACCAGAUCGAGGAGCUAAGCCACUGGCACGCGGAUCUAGGUUCUGCUGCAUCCUCUCAUUACGCGAGAGGUCUCUGCUCCAUGCCAAAUCUUCGAUCACUAUUGAGAAGCUAAGCCACUGGCAUGCGGAUCUGGGUUCUGCUGCAUCCUCUCAUUACGCGAGAGGUCUCUGCUUCAUGCCAAAACUUCGAUCAUUGACGCUGGGCAGUUUGAAGCUGAGUGAUGAGUUCUACUCAACGAUGGUCACUGAGGCAUCAAACUCAAAGAUUGAGGAGCUAAACCACUGGUCCGCCACUCUGGGUUCUGCUGCAUCCUCUCAUUACGUGAGAGGUCUCUGCUCCAUGCCAAAUCUUCGAUCACUGGGUCUGUACAUCAUGGAGCUGAGUGAUAACUUCUACUCGACGAUGGCCACUGAGGCAUCAAAAUCAAAUAUUGAGAAGGUAAACCACUGGCACGCAGACCUGGGUUCUCAUGCAUCCUUUCAUUACGCGAGAGGUCUCUUCUCUAUGCCAAAUCUUCGUUCACUGGAUCUAAGCACUGUGAAGCUGAAAGAUGAAUUCUACUCGACGAUGGCCACUGAGGCAUCAAAAUUAAAGAUUGAGGAGCUAGAGCACUCGAACGCGGAUCUCGGUCCUGCUGCAUCCUCUCAUUACGCGAGAGGUCUCUGCUUCAUGCCGAAUCUUCGUUCACUGAAACUGUUCGAUGUGAAGCUGAGUGAUAAGUUCUACUCGACCAUUGCCUCUGAGGCUUCAAUAUCACAGACUUCCGUCAUUUAA